CGUUUCCAGGACUUCACUUUUUUAAUGCCACGUCUGUUUUGUUUUGCAUAGGAUCUUACUUGAUUUUGUAAUUAUGUCCAAGAAAGAGGCACUUGGGAAGUAAACAGUAUAAUGGACUCGACAGGGCAAUGGAGAAAAUAUGUCAUUUUAUUGGUUUUUUUUGUGGUGUUUAAUACUGCUUUCACUCAUGACCCUUCAUCUGGAAACGCAGUGAAUGUGAGCAGUGAGAUGGAGUUUGCAGAUAUUGUCUUAGGGCAGCAUACGCUUCCCUCCUGGUAUUAUACAUCUGUUGAUGCUGUGCUGAAGCAUGGCACAGUCAGCACUCAUAACAGAUGGCAAACACAGAUGGCUUUCUCCAAAGCAGUUUAUUCAUUUCAAGUGAAAGAAGACACAGUACCAGGAACAGUUGUGGGAAAGGUGGAAACGCAGUUUGGGACUCUCACGCCUAUCACCUACUCAGUUCAGGAGGAUGACGGAGAGAACCUGUUCCUGCUCGGCCGAAUCUCAGGGGAGUUCCUAUUAUCCCGCAGCCUGGAUUUCGAAACACAAAGAUUCUAUGUUCUCACGGUGGCGCUACAGCAGGGGGAUUCGCACGUAUCCAGUGUCAGAGUUUACUUCAAUGUGCUGGAUGUGAACGACAACCCCCCUGUUUUCAGUAUGAAUGCCUUUUCUGCAUCGCUGCUUGAGGACACACAGGUCGGCACUUGCUUCCUAUGGUUGAAUGUGUCUGAUAAAGAUGAUGGCGACAACGGAGAACUAAAGCUAAGAGUGGUUGGUGGUGAUGAAGAGGAUGUGUUCUUCAUCCAUUCAACGGGUAAUUUAUGCUUGAACAAAAAGUUAGACAGAGAGAGACAAUCUUCCUACAAUCUAACCAUGACGGCCAUCGACUGUGUCCAGCCGGUGUCUUUACAGCUCACCAGCACAGCUCAAGUUACUGUGGUUGUCGAAGAUGUCAACGACAAUGCUCCAGUGUUUGUGUCACCCAAAAGUGUUAAUAUACCAGAAGACACCUUGCUUCAUUCUGUUAUAAUGACUGUACAUGCUGAGGAUGAAGAUGCUGGAUCCAAUGGGAAGGUUUUAUAUUAUUUAAACACACAUCUGGUGGGAUAUUCAGCAUCGAUCACAGAAGUGGAGCAAUAUACCUGGAGGAGAUGUUAGACAGAGAAGAGGUAGAUACGCUGACUAUUACUCUAACAGCCACUGAUAGAGGCUCACCCCAAAUGGCAACCACAAUGAAUCUCACGGUGCAUGUUGAGGAUGCAAAUGACUAUGAUCCCGAGUUUUUACAAAACAACUACAGCCUGACAGUCGGAGAGGACAUCCCCAGAGGAACAAGUCUGUUUCAGGUUCAGGCUUAUGAUCAGGAUAUUGGGCCAAAUGGACGAGUGAGGUAUAUAUUGACCCAGGCGAGUCCGUUUGUGGUGGACGCAGUUCGGGGUGUUGUCACGGUCAUGGACAAACUGGACAGGGAAAAGGACCCAAACUACACCUUCGUCAUAACUGCUGUAGAUCAGGGGAACAUCCCCAGAUCUGCUACUGCUGCUGUCAGUGUCACAGUGUUGGAUAUCAAUGACUUUGCACCACAGUUUUCUCCAGAAACACUCAUCAUACAUGUCAUGGAAAAUGAAGAGAAUCCAUUGGAGCUAAUACAUCAGGUCUCAGCUUUGGAUGAAGAUUUAGGGAUGAACAGUCAGCUUACCUAUUUCAUACAGUCAGGAAACAGUGAUGGUUUAUUCUCCAUCACACCCAGUGGCACGUUUGAGAUUUUACACACCCUAGAUAAGGAGAAGGAAUCGCUGUAUAUCAUCACCAUCACUGCGGUUGAUUCAGGAUUUCCACCUCUAACAGGUACUCUGACUGUUCAUGUCAUAGUGGAUGAUGUCAAUGAUAAUCAUCCAGAGUUCACUGAGGAAGUCUACAACACCAUCUUACCUGAGGACAGUCCUAUCGGUACUGUGUUUGCCAUGAUAACGGCAUCUGACAUUGAUGAGGGUGUCAACGGGGAAAUAAGGUACUUUAUGGAAGACCUUGAUGUACCUUUUGCCAUUGAGGAAACAUCUGGAGAAUUGUUUACAACCGGUAUCCUGGACAGGGAGACAGUAGCCAUUUACAGGCUGACAGUGAUUGGUAGUGAUAAGCAUCCUGCACAGCCUCUAUCAAGCUCUGUGUUUGUUAUUGUACUUAUCGGAGAUGUCAAUGACCACUGGCCCCAGUUUUUGGACAGCCCUUAUGUGGCCUACGUGCCCACUGAGUUACCUCCAGGUUCAGUUGUAUGUGCAGUAAGAGCAACAGACGAAGACACUGACAUGAAUGCAGAAUUACAUUAUUCAUUAUAUGGACCAAGUUCAGAUCUGUUUUCCAUCGAUCCAUACAGUGGCACUGUUUUCACCUCAAGUGUUCUCCAGAGAAUGGAUGAUAUUAUUGUCAAUGUGCAUGUAGAAGAUGGUGGAGAAGAUCGUAAAUUUGACACCACUACUAUCAGCAUCAGAUUUCAGGAUGUCUCUGAGUUCCCCCAGAUGAAUGUGGAUGUUCAGAGUUACUCUCUCUCUGAGGAUGAGCCAGUGGAAGUGUUGGUUGCUGUGGUCUCUGCGACAAGCACCAGAGCUGAACCCAUCUCUUUUUAUCUUGCUGCCGGAAACUUUGAAGACAUGUUCCAUGUGGAGCAAUUAAGUGGAGCACUGACAGUGGAGAACCCACUGGAUUAUGAAAACAAAAAGCAGUUCUCUUUGUUGAUAGAAGCCAGAGACUCUGGCUUGCCUCCCUUCUCAUCAUUUUCACAAAUUUACAUAAACAUCACUGAUGUAAAUGAUAAUUUCCCACAGUUCACUCAAUCUGAGUACAGAUGUGAGGUUUUUGAGAAUUCCCCACCAUCUGGGGUUUGUGAUGUUCUUGCUGUUGAUGCAGAUUCUGGCAAUUACAGCACAGUGCAGUACAACAUAACAGAAGGAAACACUGAUAACUUUUUUAUUAUUGACCUGAAAAUGGUUUAUUGA